GAUAAUGAAGGAAGUGACGAAUCCGCAAUACUAGGAGAGAGAGAGAGAGAGAGAGAGAGAGAGAGAGAGAGGGAAAAAAAACUCCAGAAGAGAAAAACAGAAAGUAAGGUUGAAGUCAGCGUGAAGCGCGCUGUAGUGAAUGAAGUCGAGUCUGCAGAAGCUCGCGAAUCAAAGUUCCCUCAAUGAGAGACGCGACACGAGUGCAAACACCAGAUUGAUCCGUGCGUGACGCGGCUCUCCCAAAUGUUUAUUUACCAAACGUGAGCAGUCUCUACACCCGUUUCACAGGACUUUAUGAAUUCUCUCGUGUCUCCAGCUUCCGAGAAACACGGGUGAAGUUGUGAGAGCGGGGCCGCUGUGAUGUUUUGCGGGGAUCCGUCCGAAGAGUCUCGCGGAAUGAGUCCGACCGCGUCGGCGGCUGUUAUUCCCGUGGAUUCUCCUUCUGAGCUCGCCUUUUGAGUUUUAGGACUGUCUGGAAUGUUUGCGAGGCGGAUUUCGCCGGGUUUAGUUCGGUUGACUGUUUUGCUUGGGCUGCUCGCGGCGUCUGUAACUCUCGGGUCUGCUUCGGAGCUGAAGGUGAGGGUUCGUCUGGCCGAUGGACAGAUCGCAGAUGAACUUUUGGAGGCGGACAGCGAGAAAGACUCCAUCACUGUGGAGUUUAAACAGGGAGACGGGACUCUUAUAACUUUCGUGGCCGAUUUCAAGCAGGAUGUGAAGAUCUUCCGGGCGCUGAUCCUGGGAGAGCUGGAGAGAGGGCAGAGCCAGUACCAGGCGCUCUGCUUCAUCACACGGCUCAGCCACAAUGAGAUCAUCCCCAGCGAGUCCAUGGCCAGACUCCGACAGAAAAAUCCCCAGGCCAUCCGCACAGCAGAAGAGAAGAGGAGCACGGAAGUGCUGGGCAUGAACGUAGCAGUCAAUUUGACACGGACGUGGCAGCUGAGCGCCCACAUCCACAACAUGUGCAGCGUCGCCCGUGAAGCAGUGUACACGCGCGAGGCUGAUGUCAGACACUGGCUGGACAGAGGCGUGGAGGGCUCCAUGUUCGAGCCUCAAGCCGCGGAGGUGGCAGGCCUGCAGCGCUGCGGGACAGUGAAGGACCUGUGGCAGCCUUGCUCCUGCAGCUAUAACCUCAGACUGGAAUGGUACCCCUGCCUGCUGAAAUACUGCCGCAACAGAGACGUCUCCGGCAAGGGCAGCCCGUAUAAAUGCGGCAUCAAGAGCUGCAGCAAAGGCUACCAGUUUACUUACUACGUGCCCCACAAACAGCUGUGCCUAUGGGAGGAAGAGACCUAGAACCACAUACGCUUCUGCAAAAAACAUAUUUAAUGUGACCUUGGCCACCUCCAAGCCUUCAGACUCGUGCCUUCUGCGCGGAGCAGAGAUGGUGCUGGGCGGAGCGGGAUUUGAGCGGUUUGCCACGUUUUAGAGCUGGUCGGUAGUCUUCAAGCUCUUUACCAGCACUGUGGGAUGGAACUGAGACCCAAACGAGUCUGGGAUGAGCAACCUGUGAAUUAGUACGUAUAUAGCUGGAUCUCGUCUUUUUUUUUCAGAAACUGGUAUUAUUUAUUUUGCUGUGGGAUACGACUGAAGACACGUUUAGAGCGCGGCGCACACGUUUAGAAAAAAUGUCUUUUGGUAGUUUGCUAUUUUUGACUGUUAGCUACAAAACACUGUGGUAUAAAUGUACGCAUGCUUUGAUUAAUAUUGGAACACUCAGAAAACACUAUCGAGUCAUUGUCUCACCUCAAGUCUUAAUGCUGGGAUUUUCAUUUUCAUCGUCUUGCCUUAACUCCGUUGCACAACAGCAGAAACUUAAGGACCAGUUGGAUCGAUGCAGUAUGGACUCUGGUUAGCUGGGAACAGGCCACACUUCAAAAGUGACUCGAGGAAACCAAAGUAAGUGUAGGCUCUGAGGGACAGAAAGCGUGCCGAUGAAAUCCUGUCGCUGCUGUGUGUCCAACACUGCCAUCUUCUGGCUGCGCUGCGUUACUGUCGCUCAGGCUCCUCCUUUCAGCGUGAUCUCAGAACAUCAGCAGAGCCCUGAAACCAUCGCUAAUACGCUGGAUUCAUUUAACAGGACCAAAUCCACAGACCGAGCUCUGUCGUGAAGAAGAGACUCUGUAUUGUCGUUUCACACUUCACCACGUUCACCUCUAACCCGCGUCUGGCCUCUCUUACCACGUGAAUGUUCGCUUUUUAAUACGCCACAGGUGACUCGGUCGCCGUUCAUGGUACUAAAAUGUUUAUGCUGAUUUAUUUAAUUUUGUUUCAAAGAGUUUAAGUGUUUUUUUUUUUUUUUUUGGAGAUUACACCUCCCCAAACAACAGCCAUUGUCUGGGAUACAAGUGCCUUGGUGAUUUCAGUGUUUACUGAUUGUUUUUAAGGAUAAAGCUGGUAUGAAUAAAGUAUCGAAACUAUUUUCCUAUGAAAAUGAAUAUGAGCAUAAUAUGAAGUAAUUUUAAAUAAAAAGCUCCUUCAGCAAA